CUAUAUAAUGGUUAUAAAUUUUAAGUUUGAUAUGCACAAACGACCAAAAUCACAAACGUUAUCACGCCGUCGUGGGUUGCACCAAGGCAAGAGCCUUACGGAAGAGCAUGAGACCUUAUUGGAAUCUGCCCCCAGAGAAUUAUUUCCGGAGAUCUGGCCCGGAGUGGUUUCUGAACCUGUUGAAUGGGAUGGACAGUUUAACGCGUGCACGCAUUUUAUUUAUCUUUUGGCGAGCGUGGCAUUUACGGAAUGAUGUGGUACAUGGAAAAGGAGAUGCUAAAGUUUCUGCCAGUGUUGAAUUCCUAAGGAGUUACUGGGAAUCAUGGAUUCAAAUACAAUAUGUUUCUCAAAACGGGAAGGGCAAGUUUGAGUUUCCUUCAGCUCAUUUGGAUCCUGCUGCUGUGGCUGAUGCACCUAGCUGGGGCCUUCCUCCACAGGGAUGGGCAAAACUGAACUCAGAUGCUAGCUUUGAUCCGGUGACAGGGGAAACAACAGUGGGCUAUAUUAUUCGGAAUUGUAGAGGUGAGGUUCUUCUCACUGGUUGGUGCAAGUUACCCAUAUGGCCAUAUGUGCUGAAGCAGAGGAAGCCUAGAUUCUGGCCUGUGUAGAGGCUGUCCGACAAGGCCGAACACGGGUUAACAUGCCAAUCAUCAUUGGAUCAGAUUGUGCAGCGCUCAUAACAAAGCUGGGCAUGUCAGGCAAGGAUAGAUCCCAUUUUGGAUUAAUACUCGACGAGUUGAAGGAGGCGAUCUCAUGUUUAUGUGACGUGCGCUUCAGUUUGGUCAAAAGGGAAUGUAAUUGUGUGGCACACCAACUAGCAAAGAAGAGGGGUGGAGGCUGCUGUCCUGUGUUUGGAAUCCCCUCCUGAAAUUGGUGACAUGCUGUGGUUUGAUUGUAAUCCUGAAAUAUUUUAUCAACAAUAGCUUCCCUUUUCCUUGCAAAAAAAAUCACAUCAUCUUAUUGAAAUAUGAUGAUAGUUAAAUAUAAAUCUAAAGACCAAAAUCACAUAAUCUCCAAAGCUACUUCUUAUUUCUAGGAUUAUAUUUGAAGUGGGAUUAAUAUUCACAAGUACGAUGAUAACUUUAUUACGGAGUAUUUAUUGUUAAAGUUGUUCCAAUUUUUAUUGCUUUGUAG